AUGUCUAUCGCCGGCGGCUGGAGGCUUUUGCACUCUUCUCUGGUGGUGAUUUUGGUCAUUUCUGUUUUACAGAUUUGGGUCUGCUGCGACUGCAAAGCAGGCGCAAUACGGGUUUUCCCAGGACACACAAAUGUGUUAUCAAAGAUGGAGGCAGAGAGCAGCAACACGAUGCAGAGCAAGAGCAACAGAAGCAGAGAGGCCCUGUUCCAUAAGUACUUCGGUGGCAGUGUCAGAGCUUCUAACUUCAACAAAACAGAGCAAGGGUAUGAAGACAGCAAACGAAGAGUGCCCAGUUGCCCAGAUCAACUCCACAACUAG